AUGAAACCCGCAGGGCCACCAUCGGAAGUUGCUCUUGGAUGCGGAGCAAUGGGAGAUGGUGGCGACGGCGCACAGGAAACAAUGGAUGUCUUGAUGGAAAUAUCUACACUUCUAAACACAGGCUUGGACAGGGCAACGCUACAAAUCCUUGUGGAGCUCAUCGAAGCAGGCGUACACCCAGAGGCAUUGGCCCGCGUCGUUCUGGAGCUGCGCCGGGAAUUACAGGCGGUCCGGGAGAAGGAGGAGAGAUGUGCUACUAGCCUACUACACGAUGCGUGA